AUGAAGCCAGGAGGACGGGAUCUCCCACGUUUGGAUAUAAGCCUCGAUCCGCUCCUUCCCCGCGCGGACGGUGAAGUCCUCGCGCGAGGGCCAGUGGCUCGUGACCGUCUCUUCGUCCUGAUUCCCGCGGUGGCGCCUCUCCGCCGAGGCCUGGACAAGAAGACGCGACUCGGCUGUCAGAUGCCAAUCGGGAGACGCAUGUCGCGGCUCAGGACCACAAUUGACAGCGUGACCAAGGCCGUGGGCAGCACAGACCUCAUCUCCAAGUUCUCCCGCUUCAUGCCCGGCAACGCCACGGCCGGCGGCACCCAUGCCGAGAAAGCGCUGGUCAAAGCCGAGGCCUUGACCUCUAACGGUCCAGCUGCUUCCUCGCCGCCUGCUGAAACCGCCGUGAAGGAAGAUGAAGAAGACCGCGGGCAGAGGCCAGCGGAGGGGGAUGCGGAUAAAGAGAAACAGCAGGUUAAAGAACAGCCAUUUGUUGUCGAGAAGAAGUCCACAUCUGGUUUAGCUCCGGCGACAAAUGUGUCUGCGGCCAGCUCUCCCUCUACAAUGGCAAAGCAAACUAUUCAGCUGUUCCAUCCCUCAGCUCUGUCCACCAAUAUGGAUGAGACCUACACAACUCUGUCCAACCACAUCAAUAGCUACUUUGGGACCAACACGCAGGGAGAAGAUGGGGAGAAAACGCAGCAGCGUCUUAGAGAAGGGCACGAUCCUCUUCCUGAAUCUCCCAUCACCACUCCGAGGCCAGCAGACCACAUUCCUGUUUUAUCUCCUGUGUCAAAGAGUGUUGAAGCUCCGAUUCCCAGCCCUCUUCCCCCCUCUCCAUUACAAACCAGUCCUCCUGCAGAGACACCCUCCUCCUCUAAAACAGUUCCCAGUGAAGACCCAUCCAAGUCCACCCCCGCACUCACCCCCCCUCCGAAAAAAGGCUUCAACCACUAUCUCUCCUAUCCCCGGCCCAGCGUCCAGGCCUUCGUGGGCAGCUACAUUGCACCUCUGGUCCCCAAAUUUCGAGCCGAUGCCAAAAGAGUGGCAGCUGAAAAAGACAAGUCCUCGGCAGUCGCCGUGGAUGAGCCCAGAGUGGACAAACCAGAGGAGAGCGAGGAGGAGAGAGCUGCUAAGGCAAAGCAGCAGCUGCUCAGUCAGCGGGAAAAGAUAAUAGCCAGGGUGAGUGUUGAUAACAGGACCAGAGCCCUGGUGAAAGGCCUGCAGAGAGUCAGUGAUGUCAAACUGCUCACUACUCGAGUGGAGGAGCUCAGCUUUCAUCUCCUGGAGUUCCCCGAGAGCCGGGUUGUGGCGAUUAAGGAGAGGGUGCUGCCCUGUCUGCUGCGGCUGCGUCAGGCCAGCGAUCUCCCUCUUCAGACCGCCGUCAGAGAAGCGCUGGCUGUGGUUGGCUACACAGAUCCAGUCAAAGGCAGAGGGAUCCGGGUGCUGGCCAUAGACGGGGGCGGAACAAGAGGGUUGCUGGCCCUGCAGACUCUCCACAAACUGCAGGAGCUGACAGGAAAACGCAUCCACCAGCUCUUCGACUACAUCUGUGGAGUCAGCACAGGCGCCAUCUUGGCUUUCAUGCUGGGCGUUUUUCAGAUCCCCCUGGAAGAGUGUGAGGAUAUGUACAGGAAGCUGGGCUCAGACGUCUUCAAACAGAACGUCAUUGUUGGAACUGUGAAGAUGGGAUGGAGUCAUGCUUUCUAUGACAGUGAAAUCUGGGAGAAUAUCCUCAAAGAACGGAUGGGUGAGGGGCGAAUGAUUGAGAGCGCCAGAGACCCGCACUGCCCAAAAGUGUCUGCAGUGAGCACCAUUGUGAACAGAGGUCUGCCUCUGAAGGCCUACGUGUUCAGGAACUACCGGCUCACGCCUGGAGUCAGGUCCCACUACCUUGGAGACUGCAAACACAAGAUGUGGCAGGCUAUCAGGGCCUCGUCGGCCGCCCCGGGCUACUUUCAGGAAUUUGUUCUGGGAAAAGACCUUCAUCAGGAUGGCGGACUGCUCAUCAACAACCCCACAGCUUUGGCCAUCCACGAAUGCAAGUGUCUGUGGCCAAACACCCCUCUGCAGUGUGUGUUGUCUCUGGGCACGGGGCGCUACGAAACAGUGGGCAAGAACAGCACCGCCUACACCAGUUUGAAGACCAAGCUCAGCCACGUUAUCAGCAGCGCCACAGACACAGAAGAGGUGCACACCAUGCUGGACGCCCUCCUGCCGCCGGACAGCUACUUCCGCUUCAACCCCUACAUGAGCGAGGACGUGCCGCUGAACGAGAAGCGCGAGGAGAAGCUGGACUUCCUCAAAAGCGAAGGGGAGCGCUACCUGGAGCGCAACCAGGACAAACUGAGGAAGGCGGCCAGCGUGCUCGGUCAGGAGAAGGGCGCCAUCCAGAGGCUGGCCGAGUGGGCAAAGCUCAAGGCUGACAUGUACGAGGGGAUCCCCUUUAAGUCCAAGCUGUAG